CGGGUACAUGUCAUUGUAAUACUUCUCUUGCGCUUGCACACAAAUCCCCAUCCCCCCUUUUUUUGCUCUCUGUCUCUAAUAUUCUUCAUGCCUUCCCUCCACUCAAUUCCUCCACCACACCUCACAGAACCACCGCUUGUUAAGGUGGGCUGCGAUUUCGUGAUAUUAUCUCUUGAUCAGGUUCUGUGAAAAAAUCAAAGAUGGCUUAUGCUGCGGUAAUAUAUCUCAGUCGGAUUCUGGAGCAGAUGUCAAAUCCUCAUCUACAACAACAUCAGACUCCUCUUCAGGACCAACAAAUUAAAUCUCUCCAGGAGAAGUUGAAUUUCACACUAGAUUUUCUGGAUGAUUCUUUGCAUAGAAGGAGCGAGGAAAUACAAAUUUUGGAGAGGAAAAUUCGAGAUGCAGCGUGCGAAGCUGCAGAUAUCUUCGAAUUAUAUAUAUCAAAGAAUUUUGGUCAGGAAGAUUUACAAGAAAGACAAAUCAGAGACCAAACUUUUUGUGAAAAAUAUGAGAUAGUAGCAGAUGAAAUUGAUUCCAUUAAGACAAAAGCAGCUAAGCUUACGGAAUUGUGGGGCGCAACAGAUCUGUACCAGAGCCAGAGGACUUCUUUUCCAACCGGUCCAUCGAGACUUGCUUCAAGCGGCAGGAAUGAUAUGGUCGGGUUUCGUGAAGAUGUGAAUCAAAUAAUUGAUCGACUUACUGGAAAUCAAGUUACUCUCCAAGUCAUCUCCGUAACUGGCAUGGGAGGUAUUGGCAAGACCACACUUGCUAGAAAUGUUUACAAUGAUACACGUAUUAAAGACCAUUUUUACACUCGUGCCUGGGUAUCAAUUUCUCAAGAAUAUCGUGAGCAAGAAGUUUUGCUGAACCUUCUGGAUUCCAUGGAACUGCUCAGUGCUAAAAUGCGUCAAGAGAACAGUACUGCAAAAUUAAAAGAUUAUCUACAUAAAAGUUUAAUAGGUAUGAUGUAUCUUGUUGUCCUGGAUGAUGUUUGGACUAAAGAGGCUUGGGGUUCUUUGAGAAGGAUAUUUCCAGAAGAACGGAAUGGAAGCCGGAUCAUGUUGACAACACGCCUGUCGAGUGUGAUUGACUCCCCUCACUCUCCCCAUCGUAUGCAAUUUCUAAAUGAGACUGACAGUUGGAAUCUACUUUGUCGGAACGUGUUUGGGGAAUAUUCUUGCCCUCUUGAACUGGAGGAAGCUGGAAAGGAGAUUGCUGAGAAUUGCAAAGGACUUCCACUUUCCCUUGUGGUGAUUGGCGGCCACCUUUCCAAAGCCAACAAGACGAAAGAUCACUGGGAAUAUGUUGCACAAAAUGUCAAGUCAGUUAUAAAUUCAACAGAUGCAAACUGCACAGAAAUACUAUCUUUAAGUUACGAUUACUUGCCUCAUUAUCUCAGAGCAUGCUUUCUCUAUAUGGGAGUUUUUCCAGAAGAUGAUGAAAUCCGUGUCUCCAAACUCAACAAGUUAUGGGUUGCAGAGGGAUUUCUAAAACCAGUCAGAGGUAAAACAUUGGAAGAAGUGGCAGAGGAAUGUUUGGGAGAUCUAAUUUCCAGAAAUCUUAUUAUGAUUGGUAAGAAGAGUCCUGUAGGAAAGAUAAAAACCUGUGGCAUCCAUGAUAUGUUAAGGGACCUAUGCUUAAAGAAAGCUCAGGACGAGAAGUUCAUUCAUGUCAGAGAUAAAGAUGACAUUUUUGCUGAAAGCAUAAAGUAUUCACAUCGCCUGUGUAUUCAUCCAGAUAUUCUUCACGAGGAAUUCAAAUGUUACCAGUCCAUGGGAUCCUUGCCAUCAGUCCAUUCUAUUUUAAUUUCCAGUUUUCCAGAAUUUUCAUUUUCUGAAGGCUACCCUAAAGCCCUAGACGAAAGCCAGAAUAAUGAAUUAUUUGAUGGAAAACUUUUUCCACUGCUCAGGGUAUUGGAUCUUAAAGAACAUGUAGAGGGUUUCCCAUUUGGAGAAAUAAAAUUAGUUCAUUCAAGGUACCUUGCUUUCCCCUGUUAUGGGGAAGUUUUCUUGCCUAAAACAUUACCUGAUUUUCUUGGGCAUCUACAGACCUUAAUUGUAGCUAAUAACGAUGUACAAUUACCAGAGGAGAUAUGGAGGAUGACACAAUUAAGGCAUCUCCUGUUCGGGAAGUGUUAUUUGCCAUGCCCUACUAGAUCACCAAUAGCUGGGGAGAAUUUUGUUCUGGAAAACCUUUUAACACUUUCGAAAGUGAGUAGUUCCAGCUGCACCAAGGAGAUCUUUGAAAGAGUUCCAAAUCUAAACAAGUUAGGAAUUUUGAAUGGCAAGUACGAUACGAUUUCUCUAGGUAUUCUGGUUAAUCUUCCUCGACUUGAGACCUUGAAAAUUAGAAGUGUAGAUGAACGUGUUAGAGUUCCUAUAAAUUUUAUUUUCCCGCCAAAUAUCAAAAAGUUAACUUUAAAGAGUUGCAAAAUUGGUUGGAAACACAUGACUGUUGUUGGUUCAAUGCCCAACCUUGAAGUUCUCAAACUGCUAGAGAAUACCUGGCAUGGAUGGGAGUCAGAAUGGGAGCCAACCGAAGGAGAAUUUUGCAAACUAAAAUUUCUGCUACUUAGAACUUAUUUUCUAGAGCAAUGGAGAGCCAAUAACACUAACUUCACAAGCCUUGAGUGCCUAAUGCUUAGGGGCUGUUUCAGACUAAAGGAGAUCCCUCGUAGUAUUGGGGAUAUACUAACUCUUCAAAUCAUUGACUUGGAUGAUGCUAGCCCUUCAGCUGUGACUUCGGCAAAGCAGAUACAAGAAGAACAAGAGGAGUUUGGAAAUGAUAUUCAAGUUCGUGUCAAGUUCAACCGUCCACAGAGCGAGGAUUUGGAUGCUGAAUUAAUAGCUAAUCUUGAGUCAAAUGACAACAAAUUGCAAUUCAACGCCUGUUCUCGGCUAAGCAGAGGCAUGAAUCCACCAUCGAAGGGAUUAAUAUCUAGAAUUGUUCCUCGACUCCUCAAGUUUCUUGAUAGAGAUGAUUACCCGCAGCUUCAGCUCGCGGCAGUGGGGGCUAUAGGAGAUAUUUCAUUUCGUUCAUCUAAGAACAUCCUGAUUGACCAGGGCGCAGUUCCCAUUAUGGUGAGCCUUCUUAGUUCUCCCUGGGUUGAACUUCGCAAAAAGGCACUUGAGGUGUUGGGAAAUAUUGCCCGUAAUUCAGCAAAUUCUCGUGACCUUAUCCUUAGUUAUGGAGUGUUAAUGCACUUAUUGGCACAAUUUAAUGAUAAAACAAAUCUAACCAUCAUGAGAAAAGCAACGCGGACAUUGUCAGAUCUUUGUACGGGACGGCCUCAGUCAGAGCAGGUGAAAUCUGCCAUCCUACCUCUUUCUCAGCUGAUUCAUGAACACGAUGAAACGGUCGUUGAGAAUGCAUGCAGCGCACUAUUCAAUCUAACUUGUGGGAAAAAGGAUAUAAAACAAGCUGUGAUUGAUGCUGGUGUUUUCCCUCGUUUGUUUGAGCUUCUAAAAUCACAUAAUUCGGCUUAUGCCCUGCAAACCAUUGAUAAUAUUAUUUCAUACGUAGAUGAUACCCAGAUUCAGGUAAUCAUUGAUGAUGGGGCUCUUUGUUGCCUGUGUGAAAUGUUGACAUCACUCAGUAUAAUUGUCCCGGAGUCCACUUGUUAUAUCAUUUCAAAUAUCAUUGGACGGACUAAGGAUCAUAUUCAGGCUGUGAUUGAGGCUGGUAUUAUUUCACAUCUUGUCCCACUGCUUCAAGAUGCUGAUUUUUUUAAUGUUGCUGUUGAGGUUAUCUAUAAUGCCACGACAAGGGAACUAAUGAGCAAAUCAAGUUCCUGGUGCACGAGGGUUGUAUAGAGCCAAUGUGCGAGCUUCUAGUUAAUCCCAAAGAAGCACAUGUCAUAAAAAUCUGCUUGGAAGGCCUAGAGAACAUUUUGAAGGUUGGAGAAGUUGAGAAGAACCAAGGUAACACUGAAGAUGUGAAUGUCUUUGCUCAGAUGAUUGUUGAUGCUGGGGGUCUACAGAAGAUUAAGCAUCUCCAGACACAUGACAAAAGUAAAAUAUGCGAAAAGGCCAAGAAGAUACUUGAAACAUAUUGGUAGGAAGAGGACGAUGAGUGAUGCAGGACAUAUUGGGAAAAAUGUACUAGUAGAGGGAAAAUAUCAUAAUUUCGGAUUGGGUCCAUAAGAUCAUUCUGAAAAGAGAACGAUGCGAGGAACAUGAAUUUUUGGCCAUUCGAGUUCGUUUAGGACUCGAAAAAUGAAUUUUUAAAGUUUUGGCGCUA